UCUGUGCUGAGCAUUAACCCCUGCUCCUUGGUUGGGUGCAGCACCACGAAGAAGAGGAGAGCCCCGUGACCUGCAGCGACCAUGAAGACGGAGAAGGAUGAAACUCUGCCCAACUUCUCCCUGGGGGGGAAAUACGUUGGGGAGGGAGCAGGCCCCAUGACAGCACUGGGGAGUGGAGGAGCCCCCCCAGCACAGGACCUGCGGCUCCUAAAGCGCCGUCCAGCCCCAGGGAAGCACUACGCCUGCUCCAGCUAUGGCUGCAAAUUGGCUUUCCCCAGCAUGCAAGAGCUGAUGGACCACCUGAAGGUGCACUACAGACCCACGCAGUCCCUUGAGGGCAAAACUUUCCAGUGCCCCACGCUGGGCUGCACAGAGACCUUCCCCAGCAUGCAGGACCUCAUGACCCACAUGAAAGUGCACUACAAACCUAACCGCUACUUCAAAUGUGAGAACUGCCUGCUGCGCUUCCGCACCCACCGCUCCCUCUUCAAGCACCUCCAUGUCUGCUCCGACCGCGCCAGCAGCCCUGCACCGCCGCCCCAAAAGGCCGAGAAGCCCACCCUGCCCACCGCCUCCACCCAAGAGAAGGAACCCACAGCCAAACCACUCCCCGAGGGGCUGCCCAAGCCUCCCACCGUCAUCCGGCACACGGAGAAAGAAGCCAUCACCACAGCGCCUGGCACAGACACGGCCUCCAGCCUGCCCGACCUGCCCGGCUCGCUGGAAGCGCUGCCGCUCGUCCCGCCGGCCCCGCAUCCCUUCCCGCUGCUGGAACCCAACCUGUUUGGCCCACCGACCUUGACUCGCUUCUCGGGGCCUCCUCCUCCUCCUCCCCCUUCCUCGGUGCCGUUCCUCUCCUACAUGCACCCCCCGGUGCCCUUCAGCCUGCCCACAGCCCAGCCCCGCCUGCGGCCCUGCUCGCCCAGCCAUGGCCCGUCAGCCUCCAACGCCGUCUGGAAGAAGAGCCAAGGUGUGAGUGUCAGCCCACUCCUCCCAUGCUUUGGCUCAGGAGUGACUCCAGGGCACUCCUCCAAUAGCCGGAUCGUGUGGGAGCACACGCGGGGCCGCUACACCUGCAUGCAGUGCCCCUACUCCACUGCCUCGCGGGAGGAGAUGACUCUGCACAUCGAGGAGCACCGCAAGAACCCAGCACCAGCUGGGCGCAUGGACACAGACGUGGAUUUUGGGGUGAGCAUCGCCUCCUUCCACUCGAAGCUGACGCCAGAGAUGGAGAACUCCCUAUACUCGCAGCUCUGAGGAGCUCUGCUCCUGCUGAACUGAGGGCACCGCAUGCUCCACGCCUCAGCACUGGGACCCUGGGAGCAUCCCCCACCAUGGGCUGCCAGAGGAGGGUGGCAAUUGGUGUUCUUUUUUUUUUUUUUUUGAGUCUGUCUUUUAUUUUUGAAAUGCUAAGCCCCCUAGGAGCCCUCGUGUCCCUCCCUUCCCUAGAAGUUCUAUUGCUCCAGCCUGCGAGGAGGGGGUGAGAGGUUGGGGGGAGCCCAAUGGAUGCUCAGGAACAAGGUCUGGAAAUUAAUAAAUAGGAAUU